AGGGGCUCAACAUCAGCGUCGUUAAAGCAUGGCGGACCAAGCAUCAAAAGCAAGUGUUGGCCAGAAUCCCGCCCCGCCUGUGCCACCACGAGUGAGACCUCCACCGGAUUACGUAGCUUUUCGGAAAAGAAAGGUGGAGGAUUUUAAGGGGGACCGUUCAACGGACCCCAUGGAGGUUGAGCAGUGGCUAGCUAAGGUAACUCGU